CACCGGCGUCGUCCACGACGGCGACGACGCGAAGCGGCGAGGACGCGUUCAACGAGACGACUAACGAGGGCAGCGAGUUCAUCAAGUCCGAGAGGGUGGUCAGCGGGAUGCAUUUUCUGACGGACCGCGAGGAGGAUCGCGGUGAUCUGUUGCUGCCAAAAUCCGAGUCGGGAGAAGCUGAACCGGAGGUCAGGAAACAGCUGCUGGAAUACCUCAUUCAAAACGACGGUUCCGUAGUCUGCAAGUGGUGCGGCGAGGUCCUACCGUCUCGAACCCGUUGGUACAGGCACAAGUACAAACUCCACGUCCCUACCCAGGUCACCCAGCCGGCGCCGCUCUUCAAGUGCCACAGCUGUAACGCUUACUUCAAGUCCCGCAAGGGUUACAUCGGUCACCUGAGCUCGCGGCAUUCCGACAACGAGAACGACGAAAACAGAGAAGAGCCGGCCAACAAGAAGGUCCGGAAGACCUCCGAUAUCGGGAAAGGGCCAGACUGGGAGCAGCAGAGAGAGAAAGAAGAGAAGCUGGUGGCGGACAUUAUCGAUCGGGUGAAGAGGGAGUGCGAGGCUCAGGGUGAGACGGUCACGAGACGAGGCUACUCCAGGCGAUCUACCGUGAUGAACAGCUAAGAGUGAGCCCUCGGGGAGAGGAUGAAGGGAGAUCUUGUGCCAUAUCAUCGUCGUACGAUGCUUUCCUCGUGACACGGAUCGAAGAACGUUCGAUCAGGUGCGCGCGGAUCGAUACCUGCCGACGUUCGACCUCGUGCGUCUUUUAAUUCGCUACCCCUAUGGUUAAGUAAUUAAGAGAUACUCGGGCGUAGACUAACAAUAAGAUCAAAUUAGGAUUAGUAGGGGCUCGCGUUGAUGGAGCGGCGUUCUAUGCUCAAUCAGUCAGAAACCAUAUACAUAUAUUAAUUGGUCGAUUGUUCGAUCUUCGUAAUACGUUCUCUUCAAUCGCAAUUCUUGUCUUGAGUUCAUGGGCUUUUCGUCAAGAUUCCCAUCGCUCUUAUUUUCACGUAAAAUAUAAAGCGGCUCGAAACAAUAAGUAAAUCAUUCGAAGAAUUAUCUCUUCGAUUCGUAUCUUUUUUAUUAUACUUAGACGUCGAAUAAAGACAAGCACACCGUUAAUCUUCUAUUUUAAAAAAUCAAAUAUGUAAAGAAGAAUUAAAAAAUAUUUAAACAU